AUGUCAGCAACGUUUGUCAAGUCCCACUUAGUUCUCAACAACAGUGACAACAAAGAAAACAUUGAGCCUUCCACUGGCCUAUACACACCAAUUCAUUCCACCUUCAAUCCUGGUUCAAAGUCAUCAUCAUCAUCAAUGAAGAAGAGAGUACCUUUGAAGGACAUCACACCACAAAAGGGCUCAUUGUCACCAAAGAAGAUCAGACCAUCGACAAUGACCACAACAACAACAUUGACCACAACAACAACAACAUCCAAACGGUCAACAUCUGGUGCUCCCAUUCCAUUCUCAAUAUUCUCAGUUGUGACUGCCACCAACAACAACAAAGCAAAUGGUAGUGGUGUCGCCUCUAUCAAGUCAAUCAGAUAG